CCACAGCAUGUUGCCGUUGCGCUCGUUAUCAAGACCAGCGCGCCAUUGUCUAUCGCGCAGCGUCAUUCUUCCGUCUCCGCCUCGUAUAGCACCAUUACCUCGAAGGCGAGCUUUCCACGCAACCGCACGCCGCAACGAUGUCGCCUCCGUCUUCCUCUACCUUCCACACACGCUCCUGACCACUCUGCACGGCGUUAUGCCAUGGUAUGCCGCGGUGCCACUCUCUGCGUUCAUCGUCCGUGGCCUCCUCCUUUGGGGUGUGGGAACUCGAACCCGCUCAAUCACUGCACGAUACCUCGGUACACACCCGCUUCGACAAGCCCUCGCCUUGCAGAAGAUGGAUGAGCUGUCGAAGAAGGGCGGCUUUGAAACCGCCAAACAAGGACAGAAUCUCAUCACGAGAGAAAUAAAGAGAGCGACAAGCCAGCUCGACAAGAGGUGGGAUUGUUCAGUGUACUCGCAACUGUGGUGGACCCUCUCUACUUUUCCCGUAUAUAUUACCAUGUCCGAGGUCAUCAGAAGGAUGGGAAACAUGCGAGACGGUAUAUUGGGGAUGAUACUGGAUGGAGCCGGCUUAAAGGAUCCAGUCACAUCUAUUCAUGGCAUCACUCUAGGUAUGAUUGAGUGGUUCGAGCCUACGCUGGGUGCUGAAGGUAUGCUUUGGUUCCCUAAUCUUCUGGAACCUGAUCCCAAUGGCUACCUCCCUUUCAUGGUGUCCGGACUCAUGCUUUACAACGUUCUGGCCACAAAUGGGGGGAAGUUGCAGCUGAGCCCCAAGAACAUGACGCGAUUCUCAAGGGGCGUGCGAUAUGUCACGAUCUUAAUGAGCUUGAUGGUUGGGCCCGUCUGUCAAGAUGUACCCGCUGCGCUAAUGCUAUAUUGGUCAGGCAGUACUGCGAGUAUCAUACUGUCAAAUUUUUAUUUGGAUUGGAAGCACCCUGUACCACCCAAAGACAUGGGUAAAUGUGAAAGGCCGUUGUUGAGGUUGGCGCCCAGGAAGUCUUCCAGGUUGGCGCCACGCAAAUCCCCUUUGAGGAAAUAAAUUAUACCUUCGUAUGUAAAUCUAUGUAUAAUACCAAUGCUCGGCAUAGUACUUCAUGAGCGCGGAGUACGAUUGAGAUGACGGUGGCUAUUCGGCGAGAUAUGCUAGAUAUGCAUCGUUUUUGCGGAUAAGAUGGCAGUGUUUCUACGCAAAUCCUAUUGUUCCACCUUCAAAUAUUCUUCUCGUAAAGACAGGGAAGUGUUCUCUAGCCUAAUCGAAGUCAAGUCACCUCCUCGUGCAUUUGCUUCCUGAACUCACUGCUGGCGAUACCAGCGUCAGUUUCUAUAAAAGCUCUUACUUGGUUCUUGUGGGUCGUUCAAGCCAUUUUGGAAACCGACGAGGUUCGAAUUCAAGCUUAAUCGGCACAGAACUCUUCUGCUCCUUCUUUGAAACACAAAAGUUCAAUCGCUUAAGAGAGACAACUCUUCCCGCGAGAAUCGAGGGUAGGACGUUUCCAUCUUGAUAACAAUGCUUAAAUAUGUUAUCGUAGUUUCUCAUCUCGUCCAAUGGCUUCCUGAUUAUGUCGGGAGUGUGGGUAGACUGUGGAGUGAUUAAUGCGUACUCGACUAGAUUACCACUCUGGCUGUUCUCUACGGCGCUGGUUUUGAUUGGUGGUGACUAUUUGCCUGUCCUCGGCUUAUGCGAACCCUGGCCGAUUGGAUCACCAAGUGCACAAGGGAUAUAGCGAGAUAGAUGUUCGUCUAACUGGUGAGGGAUCGAUUCCUAGUACGCAUUUGAAUGACGUGGGUAGUAACAGUUGAGGUACGAACAAAAAAUUCACUUUGAAGCUAU